AUGGCUUCCUGCCGAGCGUGUGACCUCAAGGUGCUAGUCGCCAUUGUGUGUGGACUGCUGACGACCAUUGUUUUGGGACUGGGCAUCUGGACGACUGUGAUUAGAAUCCAGAAAGGCCUUUUCUAUCCACUCCCCAGCAUCCCUACGGAGUUCUGCAGGAAUGGUGGAACCUGGGAAAAUGGAAGGUGCAUUUGUCCAGACUUAUGGAAAGGUUGGAGAUGUACAAUUGCUAAUUUCUGUGAAAACAGUACCUAUGGGAUUUUUACUUUUGAUAGAAUUCCAGCGGGAAAAUACGGAUCUUCCCAACAAAGAUGUGAUAAGAACACUUCAAACGAGGGCAAUCCGAGAGCAACCCGGCUGUGCAAUAUUACUAUGUAUGGAGAGAUAAAAUUAGAAAAUGUGACAGUAGGAAAUUGCAAUCAAACUCUGAAAGCCUUGGAAAAUCAGAUAGGCAAUAUCUCAACACAGUCUCUGAAUAUUUCUAAUGAAGCGCGGAUCUUAACAUCUGAUGUCAAUCGAAUAACUCCUGAGGGCGUCAUUUCUGCCACUAAAGUGGUCGGGAAGAUCUUCGACCCAGAGAGCAAUGCUACACUUGAGGCAAAAGAAAUUGCGGUAACCACAGUGAGUCAACUUCUAGAUGCCGGGGAAGGUGUUUUUCAGGAAGCUGCUGCAGCUGGUACUAAUGUCAACACCUUUGCAACGCUUGUUACACAAAUGGAAAUUUAUUCCACGUCUUUGGGUAACAGGGCAGUGGUGGAGCCCAAUGUGGCAGUACAGUCUGUGGAUUUGUCUUCAGAAAGCACUGGGCAUUCCACAAGUGUUCGCUUCUCUGUGAAGAAAGGAUCUAGUGAUUCUCUCAUUCCUGGUUCCACAGUUGUGGAGAGAGAUGUGGAAGCCCUUAAUCCAAAUGGGGAGACUGAACUUCAAAUCCUGCUCAAUACCUCAUCAAGUAACACAACGGCAUGUGGCUUUGUAGUGUAUCAAAACAACAAGCUCUUCCAGUCAAAAACUUUUAAAACUAAAUCAAAUUUUAGUCAAAAAAUUAUCUCAGGCAGUACUAAUGAAAAUAACAGUCAGGGAGCUUCCGUUGACAUUGUCUUUAAUCCAAAGUAUAACCGAAAAGAAUUCCAGCUCCAUUCCUAUGCUUGUGUCUAUUGGAAUCUUGCAACAAAGGAUUGGGACACACGUGGGUGUCACAAAAGUGGGAACGCUGAUGACUUCUUGUACUGUCACUGCAACCAUACUACUAAUUUUGCUGUAUUAAUGAGUUUCAAAAAGAACUAUAAAUAUCCUGAAUCACUAAACAUACUAUCCAGCGUUGGAUGUGCCCUGUCCAUUACUGGUCUGGUUCUCACAAUUAUAUUUCAGAUUGUCACCAGGAAGGUCAGAAAAACUUCAGUAACCUGGGUGUUGGUCAGUCUGUGUGUAUCCAUGUUGAUUUUUAACCUCCUCUUUGUGUUUGGAAUUGAAAACUCCAAUAAGAACUUAAAGAAAAGUGAUAGUGACACCAAUAAGCCUGACUCUAACAGAAAUGAAAUGCUGCCCCAAGACACUGCGUACGACCCGAAUCCCAAGUGCACUGUGGUUGCUGCGUUGCUGCACUAUUUCCUGUUGGUGACGUUUAGCUGGACCGGCCUCAGUGCUGCCCAGCUCUAUUUCCUUCUCAUUAGGACCAUGAGGCCUCUUCCUCAACGUUUCAUUCUGUUCAUCUCUUUAAUUGGAUGGGGUGUCCCGGCUAUAGUAGUGGUUGUAACAGUGGGAAUUAUUUUUUCUCAGAGCGAUUCACAAUGGGAGUUAGAUUACCGACAAGAAGAAAUCUGCUGGCUGGCAGUUUCAGGAAACAACGGUCUUAUAACAAGCUCAUUGUUGUGGUCAUUCAUGAUGCCUGUCACCAUUAUCCUCAUCAACAAUAUUGUUAUAUUUAUUAUCAUUAUAGUCAAAGUGAUAUGGAAGACUAACCAGAAUCUGACAAGCACAAAAAAGGUUUCAUUCCUAAAGAAGAGUCUUAGUACGUUAUCUAUUACAGUUGUUUUUGGAGUUACCUGGAUUCUGGCAUACUUUAUGCUGAUUGGUAAUGAUGACGUCAGGAAUAUCUUCAGCUACAUGUUCUGCCUUUUCAACACUACUCAGGGAUUGCAAAUUUUUAUUCUCUACACUGUCAAAACAAAAAUCUUCCAGAGUGAAGCUUCCAAAAUGUUGAGGUCGCUGUCAGAGUCCACCGGGAGAGUGAAGCUGCUGCCGUCAGUGACCCCGCUGAGGCUGCGUGUGAGGAUGUAUAACAUGCUCAGGUCCUUUCCAGUCCUGAAUGAACGCUUUACUCUGCUGGAGCCAUCUGUUAUUAUGGAGCAAAUGACACCCUCUGAAAGUGACCAAGCCGACUCAAGCAUCUAGACAGUGAAAUUAGUACCUUUUGUAAUCCUCUUUUUGCAUAACUCAUGUUAAGUUUUGCUUAUUCUUUUUCUUUCCUUUAUUACUCAGUCCUCCCAGAAAGUCUCCCUCAAUAUAUUUUG